AUGCGUUCUUACUGGGUUCCGAUCAUCGAAGGCGCAGCCCCCGUUAACCGGACCCAGGACCCGCCCGUACGUGUCUCUAGACUAUACGACAUUCUAUCCCCCAUCUCGCCUGAGGAAGUGCUGUCAUGCCUUCCCAGCGCUAACACUUCGCCUGGACCGGAUGGGUUCCCGGUCAGGUUGUGGAAACGUAUCCCCAUACCUUUAUUAGCCUAUUCAACCUGGGAAACGCCUGCGGGGAGCUUCCACUUGAACUUUCAGCUUCCCGUACCAUCUUCUUACCGAAAAAGGGUGACUCCUCGUGUCCGGAAAACUACCGUUCGAUUUCGAUCGCCUCGUUGGCGCUCCGGCACUAUCAUAGAAUUCUGGCUCACCGCCUGGAGAGUUUCUCGAUUGUCAACACAAGGCAGCGCGCGUUCCGAGGUGCGGAUGGAGUUGCGGAGAACAUCUUCCUGCUUCGUUCGUUGCUUCGGGACGCCCGCUCGUCUUAUAAGGGUCUCUGCCUCGCGUCUCUCGACUUGUCGAAGGCGUUUGAUUCAGUUUCACACGAGUCAACUUACGCCACGCUGCGUGGCGCGGGCUUAUGCUCAGUGUUCACGGGCCCUAUUGGUUUUGAAAUGCGUACGCCAAUUGUCGCCGUUAUUAUUUAACGUGGUAGUAGACCAUGCGCCACGAGCUAUACCACAUGCCGAUGGCUACACACUUGGGUCCGAGCAAGUGAGCGCCCUCGCGUUCGCGGACGAUGUGAUUCUUGUGGCUUCCACACCAUUAGGGUUGCAGCGCUCGUGCGAGGCGUUCACGGACCGGGUGUCCGUAGAUGGAUUGAAGCUGAACCCGGCGAAAAGCGCAACGCUGACCCAGAUACCCCGUCUGGCCGCGAUCACAAGUUGA